CGCAUGGGUUUCAGAAUUCAGAGGUCCACACUUAAUAAACCCUAGACGUCCCGACCUCGCUACCUCCCCCGCGCUGCAGCAAAGGACGAGUUAAGGGAUUUGGGAUUCAUAUCUGAUUGAUCUAGCUUCUGGUAGUAGCAGGCAGCUUGAAAUUGGAACCAAGGACUACAUAUGGGUGUCUUGGCGCGGCGGUUUCUGAAUUUGAUCGUGCCAGGCUGCACCCCUGGCGUCAAAUCGCUGCGCCGAAUCGACCUGACGCGCCACGAGCUGUUUUACCCAGUGGGAUUCGAAUCAGCACCACCACCACCAGCAGCAGCAGGAGCGCAAGACGCCAUCUCUCGCCCCUCGGCUCUAGAGAUGGAGACGGUCCGGUUUCUUGGUCCGAGCUUCACCUUCCGAGCUCUGAAGAAUGACUGGAAGAUGGACUGCUUCCCGCUUGCGGAUUACAGCGAGUGCAAGGUUGUCUGCGCGGACCUGUCAGGGCGCGGCUUCGUCUUCGACCUGGAUUCACCAAAGGUGGGAACCAUCCCUCCACUCCGCACGCCCAAGGUGAUGCCCAUCUCCGUCUUCGUUCACAAGCCCCAGGUCGACGGUAACUAUGACAACUAUAGUAACGGCAGCAGUCUCUUCCUCAUGGAGAAGGUUCCCCAGCCAGAGGCCAGAAGUGGUGGUGGUCAUGUGUUUUAUGACAGUGUGCAGGAGAGCGAGCAGUUUGUGGGCUUAAUCAACCACCGUUCAACUAAUCCCGGCAGUGACAAAUCCUGGCAUUGCCAUCGACUUCCGCCGCCACCGUUUGUACACGAGACAAUUCAUUGGUCCAACAACAACUGCCCCGAGAUCACAGCCUAUGGCGUGGUCGGUGGUGGCUCACAUGUUUGCAUAUCUGUCAAGGGCGUUGGCACCUACUGCCUCGACACAGAAAGCCACACGUGGAACAAAGUCGGUGACUGGACGCUCCCCUUCCAUGGCAAAGUUGAGUAUCUACCUCAGCUCAAGCUCUGGUUUGGCCUCUCCACUGGUGCCCGACACUGCUUGGCUGCUGCUGACCUCUCUGGCAUGCUGGAUUCUUCUUCCCAGCCACAGCGGCUGGUGGCCGGCCCUUGGCAGGAGCUUGUUGAUCUGCCAGAGGAAUGGAAGGAGUGCAAGGACCCUCAGUUUGUCAGUCUGGGAUCCGGCAGGUUCUGCAUUGCAAGGUUCUUCCAAGAAGCUGCAGGCUCUAGUGAUGGAGUGGCCCACAAAAAUUUUACUGUCUUGACUGGCGUCGAGGUCAAUAGCAGGGGCAAAGCUGAAGGUGGCACAUGGGAAUUGGAACUCCAAAUGACCACUCACAGAUCAAGACGUGUCAACGACACUAGCAUCGAGGCAUUGUUCUAACUAAGUACUGGUGCUUUGCUCACCAUACUCAGGGCUUGAGGAAUUUGGGCUGUAGGAGCCGACUUUUAAUGAUAAAACAGUGAGUAUGGUGAGCAUGGUGAGAUGAUAGAUAAAACAGUGAGUAUGGUGAGCAUGGUGAGAUAAUAGAUAAAUCUUGUGUUGUCUCCUGCAGUGAUGCUACAUAUUACACCAUAU